AUGGCAACCGAAACCGAGGGCACGUUCCAGGCGGGCGAUGCCAGCCUGUACACAAAGACCUGGACACCGACGGGCCCCAUCCGUGCCAAGCUCAUCCUCGUCCACGGCUUCAGCGACCACGUCAACUGGUACAAUGAGAUGCUGCACGAGCUAGCUACGCACGGCAUCCAGACGUUCGGCUUCGACCAGCGCGGCUGGGGCCGCAGCGUCAAGAAGCCAUCUGACAAGGGUCUCACGGGUCCUACAUCACAGGUCAUCGCCGAUAUAGUCGCCUUUAUCCAGGACAAGCUGCCGUCCACCGAGCCGCUCUUCGUCAUGGGCCACUCGAUGGGCGGCGGCGAGGUGCUCACGUUGGCAGGCGACCCGCAGUACGAGGGUGUGGUGAGCCAGGUCCGCGGCUGGCUGCUCGAGGCGCCCUUCGUCGGCUUCGCGCCCCAGGAGAAUCCCAGCUCCCUCAAGAUCGCCGCCGGUCGGCUGGCCGGGCGCUUGCUGCCGCGGUUCCAGCUGCGUCACGUCAUCCCCGCCGACAACAUCACUCGGGACAAAGAGGUUGCGAAGGGCAUGACAGACGACCCACUGUGCCACGAUACAGGCACGCUCGAGGGCCUGGCGUCGCUGCUCGACCGGACAGCGGCGCUGGCGGCCGGAAACGUAACACUCGGCAAGCAGGUCCGUGGCUUGUGGCUGGGCCACGGCGACAACGACAAGACGUGCAGCUACGACGUAGCUAUCAAGUUUGCGGAGCAGCAGGCCAUCGAGGACAAGACGAUCAAGACGUACAAGGGCGGGUACCACGCGCUGCAUGUGGACCUGGUCAAGGCCGAGUUCACCAAGGACGUGGUGGACUGGAUCCUGGAGAGGAGCCAGCCUGCGCCAGUUGAGGCGAAGCUUUAG